AUGGAGCACCCUGAGGGACAGCCUCCAGAUCUGUUAGAAAAUGAUUCAACACCAACAGUUUCAACAUCGGAAGCAACCGGCUCAAAAGAUCCCCAAAUUUCUGUCGACAACGAGGAUGAAACCGUUGGCUACCGGGGCGCCGAAAAUGCCAGCUACCAAGUCACCCAAACUGCUGCCGACCACGUCACCAAAGCCGAUGCCGACAGCGGCACCCAGGCUGGCGCCACAGCACCUCAGGAAAACUUACCAGAAGGGAAAGAGAUGAGUAAAAGCCAGGAUGAACCUCCUCACGAACUUGAGAACCAGUUUAUAUUGCGUCUGCCUCUGGAACAUGCAUCUGCUGUCAGGAAGAUACUACAUUCUAGAAGUGUUGCCAUGAAGAAUAAACUCAAAAUUGACUUAUCUUCUGAUGGACGUCAUGCAGUUGUUGAUGUAGAAGAUGUCUCACUAGCUGCAAAGGUGGUUGAUUUGCCAUGUGUUAUUGGAAGUCUGAAAACGCUUGAUAAAAAAACUUUUUAUAAAACAGCAGAUAUUUCUCAGAUGCUUGUGUGCACUGCUGAUGGUGAUCUCCACUCUUCUCCAGAAGAACCAGUUACCUCUACUGAUCUUAAAGUAAUCAGGAAAAAUGAAAAAGAGAGACAGAAAAAAUACAUCUGGAAGCAUGGCAUUACUCCACCACUUAAGAAUGUCAGAAAGAAAAGGUUCCGCAAAACAACAAAAAAGCUCAGCGAUUUCAAACAAAUUGAAGAAAUCAGCUUUCCUGAGUACAUUGAAUCUCCUGAUGUGGAAAAGGAAGUGAAAAGACUCUUGUGUUCAGAUGCUGAAGCUGUCAGUGCUCGAUGGGAAGUCAUUGCUGAAGAUGAAACCAAGGAAAUAGAGAGUCAGGGCUCUAUCCCAGGCUUUGCACUAUCCCCAGGAAUGAGUGACUAUAAGCAGGAUCAUAUCUCAUCAGGAUAUGGUAUGCUUCGGGAGGUGUUCAGUGAUUCUAGCAGUGAUGAUGAUGAUGAUGAUGACGACGACGACGAGGAGGAUGACGACGAGGAGGAGGAUGAUGACGACGAGGAGGAGGAGGAAGAGGAUGAAGAUUAUUAUGAAGAGGAUCUGGAAAGGGAGCUACAGGCCAAGUUCUUUGCAUCUGGCCAGUAUGAGGCAAAGGAAGGAGCCAGUUCAAUAGUUAUGGAUAUUCAGAAGCAGAUUCAUUACAUGGAGAAAAAGCUCCAGGAGAUUCGAUGCAAAGCACAAAGACAGAGGAAUCUCAUAAUGAAAGUGGAAAACCUGGCGCUCAAGAAUCAUUUACAGUCUGUGCUGGAGCAGCUUACAUUACAGGAAAUGCAAAAAAAUGAGCAGCUCAUUUCCCUACAGGAACAACUGAAAUAUUUUUUGAAGUGAGAGAGCCUUCAGCCUGGCACAUGAACCUUGGAUUCACUCUCUAGACUGCUGAAGACUGAAUGAAUUGUAGGUGUUUCUGUCCCUUUCAUUGCCUUAUGUUGAGUCAUUUAUAUUUGUUUAUCUGAACCUUUGUCUGCUAGUCAGAUUUGAAGUUUAGGGUUGUGGAGAAAGGGACAGAAUAUAAAAAAGUAGUAGACCUAAAAACCCAACUCAGUAUGGAACUUGGCUUCUCUUUAUCAAUUUGAGAAUUGCAUCUAUUGCUUCUGUUCUGUUGAUGCCAUCAAAUGAUUUAGCCAUGCUUGCCAAAGACAGAUAGUCUAGCCUGAAGGCCAUCCAGCUGGUUUGCAUAUGUUUCCAGUUCCCUUCCCCUGUUAAUUUUAAAUAUUUCCUAAAACAUAGAAUGAAUCAUUUCUACCAAAGGCUAGGACCUGCCGCAGUGAAUUAAGUGUCUACCUCGCAGCAGUUAACGCUAGGUUGUAUACUGUCUCUGUUAAGGUAAUAGAUGCUGCUUUCCUGCUCAGGGAUGAUUUCUUGCUGCUGCUAUCUUUGUUCUGUUGCAUUUUUAGAAUUGUGUCUGGUUAUUAUUUGCCAGCUAAGAGAAUAGUUAGAGCAGAGAUGAAAUUCUGGGCUAUUAUCCUUAUUCUGAGCCUCUUCAUCCUGCAGAAGAGGUUAGGAAAACUCAGAUGCCUGU